AAAUCGAUCAUGACAUCUUCAGGUAGCAACAACCAGCCAUCAUCGCCCCAACGUCCUGGUCUUCGCAACACAAGACCUAUCCCUUAUCUGAACCAACAAGAUCCCCUGAUUGACGGUCUUGGUCUCCAGGAGUUACACGAGAAGGGUCAUAUAAACCUUCUCAUCGUCCCCGCUCCGGAUCCAAACUUCGGAUAUCGAACACACACUACGCCAGCAGUCGCUUAUCGUGAAUAUAAGAAGACUGGAAUUAACAAUGCUGGGAAAGUCACAACACCAGUGGCAGAGGAGUUGUACAUUCAUCCCAUCUUCUUCCCUGAAAUGUGGGAAACGCAGGAAUUGACUAGUCGCUCCCUCCCACAUUGGGAUACCUUGAAACCAGUCUGGCAACUUGCUACUCUGAUGUUGGAGGAGAAAGUUAUGUCUGGAUUCUUGUGCGGCAUGCUGGAUCANAAAAAUCACCACGAGAUUCGUCCGCCUUUGGGCAAUCGCAAAUUCUACUGGUUCGAGGCCAAGAAGAAUACGACACAACAAGAGUUGUGGGAUCUGUGGGAUACUAUCUGGAGUCUAAAGGGGGUUGUUAAGUUUGCCGCAAUGGAGAAUCAAGUUGACGAGGACCGUGCAAUCGCUGGCAUGACUUGGCCGGACAGAUCAAUGCCUGGACUGAAGCCUUCCGGUUGUGCAUCAAGGAUCGUGAUCAACGAAGACAUGCUCUCCAUACUUUGCUCCAAGACCAAGCCCUCAGAUUACUCCACUCAUUGGAUACCAGGCACCGAUGAUGCCUCUGGUAUCCUCCGUCUUCAAUUCCAGCUCGCCACAACCAUUGUUCAUGAACUCAUGCAUGCUCUCUGGCACGCCCACUUUGGCAACACUCGGGAACCUUUCUAUCGCGACCAUCGUUUUGCAGAGCUGGGCUGGACUUACGAAGCCAAGCUUUACGGUGGCGCCAUCUGGCCCAUAUCUGAACGCGUCGCAGCGCCGUAUGGACUGUAUAUCCAAGACUGGCCUGGCCAGUUCAGAGUGGUCAAGUAUCCAACUUUGUUCCACCACGGUGCCCAGCCAACCAAGGGUAAAGAGUACUUCCCAGUAGCCAUGGAGUGGAUACCAAAGUUCUUUACCCAAAAUUUCUGGGACGAGGUAGAGAGGUUUGGUUUGGACGCAUUCAAAUGCCCGAGACCAUCACAUAGUGUCCGAGAACCCUGA